CCAAACCAACACUUACUCUCAGAGAAAUUUAGUCGAACAUCUUUUGUGCAUGGCUCGUUUCACUAUUUUCUCCUCUCUUUUGCUAAUUUCCUUUCUGGGUUUGGCCCUUAGCCACUGCUUAGCCACCAGGAAACUCUCAGCUCUUGUUAAACAACAGCCGGUUGUCCUCAAUUACCAUAAUGGUACGGUGCUUAAGGGCAAUAUCACUGUUUAUCUUGUCUGGUAUGGCAAGUUCUCCCCUGCUCAACGUUCGAUAAUUGUUGACUUUCUCAACUCCCUCAGCCCGGCCAAGACGGCGCUACCGUCAGUGUCGUCGUGGUGGCAAACCACUGGGAAGUACAAAGGAGGUCCACGCACUGUCGUCGUUGGGAAUCAAGUGCUAGAUGAGAAGUACUCUUUGGGGAAGACACUCAAGUCCCCGCAGAUUCAAGCUCUGGCUUCGAAAGCUGGGAACGGAGCUAAUGCGAUUAGCGUUUUGUUGACUGCUGCUGAUGUGGCGGUUGACGGCUUCUGUAUGAGCAGGUGCGGGACCCAUGGAUCGGGUGGGGUCAAGGGGAGCAAGUUCGCCUACGCUUGGGUUGGUGACUCGAUGAGUCAAUGUCCGGGUCAGUGCGCCUGGCCGUUUCACCAGCCAAUUUACGGACCGCAGACUCCGCCAUUGGUUUCACCAAACGGCGACGUUGGCGUCGACGGGAUGGUCAUCAACUUGGCUACCGUUUUAGCGGGAACAGUUACGAAUCCGUUCAACAACGGAUACUUCCAAGGCCCAGCCGAGGCGCCAUUGGAGGCCGUGAGUGCGUGCACUGGCAUAUUCGGGAAAGGCGCGUACCCAGGAUAUCCUGGAAAGCUUUUGGUGGAGAAAACCACCGGAGCUAGCUACAAUGCCAACGGCGUUAACGGGCGCAAGUAUUUGCUGCCGGCAAUGUGGGAUCCACAAACAUCCACGUGCAAGACGGUCGUGUGAGCAUAUAUAAAUAAAUAAAUAUUUUUUUAUGCUGUUGUGUGAGACUGUGAGCAUAUAGAAAUAUAUUUUUUUAUGUUGUCGUGUGAGCAACAAAGGAAGAGUAUGUACCAUAAAUAAGUAUGUUUAUAGAGAAGGUGUAGAAUUGUAUAAUAUUCCGAUACUUGAUAGUUGAGAAAUGGUGUGUUUUAUCAAAAUUUUCUUAAUAAAAAUAAAAAUGUUGG